GCGGUUCCGGGACGAUGGAGCGGCCGUAGGUCGGCGGAGGGGGCUCGUCAUGAGGUACAACGAGCGGGAGCUGCUGUCCCUGUCCCGGCAGCCCGCAGAGAAGGCGGCCGAGAUCUUGAUGCGGGUGCCCAAGAAAGGGAGCGUGUUAAAGAAACGCCUCGUGAAGCUUGUUGUCAACUUUCUCUUCUACUUUCGGACAGACGAAGCAGAGCCCAUUGGAGCUCUGCUGCUGGAGCACUGCAGGAUCACCAAAGAGGAGGAGAACGUCUUCUCAAUCAGUUUCGUUGAGGAGCCGGAGAGGAAAUACUGCUUCGAAUGUGACAGCAAAGAGCAGUGUCAGGAGUGGAUUGAGGCACUCAAGCGAGCCAGCUACGAGUUCAUGAGGAGGAGCUUGAUUUUCUACCGGAAUGAGAUCCAGAAAAUGACAGGGAAGGUGAGUCCCUUGAAGGCAGCUUGUUGGGUGGUGACCCAAGGGUUUGGACUGGAGCUGGGGCCAGCGAUCCAGGUGUUGCUGCCGACUGUCCUGCAUGCAGCUAUUUGCUGCCGUGUCUACGGAAGAGCUCCUGCGGUAUGCCAGUUCCUCAAGCCGUGGUCUCAACAGCUAGACCUGAGUCUUUGUCUGCUGUUGCCGUGCUCAGCUUUGACACACGUGCUCUUCCAGCAGCAGAGCGGCCCCACGUUUGUAGCCAGACAGGUCUGGCCUGGGCCAGCCCUGAACUCCUCCUCUGGAGGAGUUUGCAGCAGCACUGGCGAGAUCAGGGUGUACAUGGGUCAAGAUGCUGCUCACAGCUCUGCCGGGCGCCUCAGAGCAUCUGUGCUCGAGGUGACAGAGGUGCCUGCGGCUCAUCACGUGCUCCUGCACCGGAGGGGACAGAGUACAGCCCAUGAACCUUGGCUGUCCUCUGUGCCCUCCCUGAGGGCUGCUUGAUUUUCUGCACCAGAAACAGCAGCCAGUGGCUGGACGGGGGUAAAUCCAGCACACGACUGGACCAGGUGCCCAGCCCCAGACCGGUUGACGGACAGUCCUGCUGGCCCCCGUCCUUGUCUGUGUCUCACUGGUGCCUUCUGUGUGCUGUUCUGCAGGACCCCCUGGAGCAGUACGGGAUCUCCGAGGAAGCCCGCUUCCAGCUGGGAACACACAAGCAAUGAUCCCCUCGCCUGGCUGAACUGGCUUCUGGCCGCAGGUCACCCCCAAGCACCCCCCAGGAAGAACAGCAGCAGUUCCCCACAGCGGUGACCAAGUGACUUUUUAAUUUAUUAGCCAAAUGAUUUUGUAUGAUUUUUUUUAAAGGGAAUUCAUUGCACAUUCCCUCUUGCCCCAGCUGUGGGGGCAGCCAGUCUUAACUGCUCCCUGCAGACCAUGCCCUUGACCUGACACCGCGCUGCUGCGGCACCAGGAGUGAAACCCCGCCGGCUCCUAGCAAGAGUGGAGGAGGCAGGGACUGAACAGAGCUCCCAGCACCUGCGGCCCUCCAGCACAGGCUGCAGCCCUCUGGCCUGGAGCUUUUGGGACAGGCCCUGAGCCAGCUCUAGCCCUCCUCUUCCUCCCCCUCCUGCAGGGAGCUAAUCAGCUUAUCUGGCUCAGGCUGUUCCUGCAGUCUCCAAGGGAGCCAUGAAGUGCUGUAAGAGGCUGCGCCAACAGAUUUCAUUUCUGUGCUCGCAGGGUUAACCCUGUCAUGCCCUCUCUUCAUUGCAAAGCCAGUUCUGUGUCUGAGACCUGCUAGCAGAGGCUGAUGGCCGAUGGCCAGGCAGUUGAGGGAGGGGAGCUCAGCUCCAGGGGUGUCCCCUCCCCUGGGUGAAGGCAGCAGUGGCUGUGCCUUCUUUUCCUUUCUGCAGGCAGGUGGUGCUGAUCCCUUGAGGCUCGAUGCAGCCCACACCACAGCCAUCUGAGCACUCUCACUAACGUGUUAGAGAACAGGGGAGCGCAGACAGGGCUGUGACCUGAUCCUGCCUCCCUCUGCAGUGCUGUGAGCCAGGCUAAGCAGCGCAGUUAUUCAGCUUCCCAGAGAGGAAAGCCACAUGGGGAGGUUGGUAAAGACCGGAACUGCUCCACUUUGGCUGGAUGUUGGAGCUUUGGGGCAUGCAGAAGUUAACCCUGGGGAGCAUGUGAGAUCUGGGCAUUAACCCUUCCUUCCCUGAGCCUUUGCUGCAGCUUUUCUCCCCUUUGUGAGCGUCCAAAGGGCAAGACCAGAACACUGUACCAAGGUCACAGCAAGCUGCCAGGGAACAAGGGCCACCUUCCUGGGGCACCUGUAGCAGAGAGAUAAGAUAAGCAUUAAGGAACAUCGUCUCUCCUUGUUCUGCACCUCCUGCUCUGGCUGAAGGAAGGAAAACUGCCCAGGGCUGAAAGCCACUCCCCCCACCUGCACCCAGGGCUCAGGGUGACCCUGUUUCCCAACGCUCGCAGGGACACAGCUGGCUGCAGCAGCUUCCCUGGAACGAGCCCAGGAAAAGCUCCAGGAAAAGCUCCUAGGAAGGUCCCAGGUAACGCUGUCAGGCUGUUGAUGACAGAAGGGGCUGGGGCAGGUAAACGCAGCACAAGGGCGUGGCCUGAGCUUUAGGUGGCUGCAGCUCUGGGCUUUGUUCCACCCGGUUGGCAGGAAGGCUGCGCUGCAGCUACCCAGCACAGGGCAAGCGAGAGGGGGUAGAACAGUGUGUGCUCUGGGCCUGAAGGGAAGUUUUGGGUCUCUUCCUCUUUGGCUGGGAGCACAUUCUGGAACAAGAGCCCAUAUCACAAGCUUUGGUGGCCUGGCCUUUCCUCUUUACCUCAUGUUGCUGGGUACCAAUAGCGGCAGAUGUCACUGAUACUUUAUUUUUAACCUCAAAGCCAAGAUUUUUCCUUUCCCUCCCCAGAUGCUCUGUUUCCCUUCAGCAGUUCAGGUGCUUGCUCCAGAAAUUACCAAAAUAAGCAGCGGGGCAGCUGCCCUGCACAAUAAGCUGAGGGCAUGGCAGGGUGGGAGCAGAAAAUAGGGCAGUUCCGAAGACAGAUGGCAACUCUAGUGGAAGCAGCAGCGAGGGAUUAAAAGCAGGAACACACAAGAGCUUGCGCUUUAGGAACUUAGUGUCCUCAGAUGACUUUAAAGUGCAUUUUAAUCCUCACAAGCCUACUCUGCUUUACGUCAGUGCAGGGACAUGUUCCUGACAUGCAGCAGCUUUACUUACUGUGAAAAAGACUCGUCUGUCAGGUCACUCGAUAGAGGAUGGAUGCGCUCCAGGCGCAGCGGCAGGAUAACCCAAGCUGCGCUGCAGCUACUACUGCUGUAGCGCGGGCUGAGCUGAGCAGUUGUGGGUUCCCCCGCUGCAGGUCACGCAGCGCUCCGGCUCCAGCGUUGGCUUACCAGCUCCCGCCAGCUGGUUUCAGAGGCGGAACGGCCGCAUCCAAACUCAGUUCCCCAAGGUUCGUCAUCCGUGAAUUCUUCAAUAUGCAAAGUCAGCCCAUAUAUACGCAAGCCCCUGGGAAUUCCGCCAACAUUUAGUCAUUUCUAGCAAACAAAAUUCUAGUGCUACAGCGAGGCUCCCGGUUUCUGCCAGCCACCUUCAGCAGCCAACGGUUCUCAACCCUCUGCCUUCCAGGACCAUCGCUAGCGUCCUCCUUACGCGCCUUUCAGAAGGCAGAGCCAGCACCCACCGUCCCACUGUACAUAAAACGGGCAUUUUGUUUUGGUGUUAUGGGGAACGGUUGGGUGAGCAGGAGAUAAUCCCAACACUUAUUUAAGAGGUAACAAGGACAUUUCGUAACUGAAUGUAAAAGACAAAUGCUGUGAAGGGUUACAUGAGCACAGGCCCAGUAACUUAGAUCAACUCGUAGACUAGUGCUAGGACACUGGGUUAGGUUUCAGAAGUGAGGGCAGAUGGUACUUCUACACACUGAGAUCUGCAUCAACUGCUGGUGAUUUCCAGACAAUUGUUCAUUUUUCAUACUCUGGUCACUAUGCUUUUUGUAUUUCAGUGGCUUGUUCCAGCAAGCGCUGCGUACAGGCUCCCUGAAGGCGUAACUGAAGCCAUUUAUCUGUUGUACAGGGACCGUUUCCAAUAAAAACUUGUUUUUAUCUU